AUGGCACUCAGUGUCUCAUUAUCAUCGCAUCUUGGAGCCACGGUGGAGUGUAAAUUUAGUGAAAAGAAUACUGAUGAACUAGACGGUCAACUGACGGAAGGGGAGCAUUUUAGAUUUUUUUCUCAGUUUUCUGAAAGUUUUACAGGUAGCAAUACACAUGACUACACGACCUACGACCAAAGUUCUACCCGACUACUUUUGGAUUUGGUCGCAUCCACUUCGGAUUGGUCUACGAUUGAUAGGAAUCCAAGCUCGGAUAUAAUUCAGAGUUCCUUUGAUUCACCAUUGUCUCCUUCGGAGCAGAGUCACUCGUCGCAAACAUUACAGCCAACGAUUGCGGUUACGUCAGCCAUGGAUGAAACAACAAUCUUUAUUACGUCUCCAACGUUUGAUGUAUCUUGGAUAACAGCUUCAGAUCUUGUUACGACCACCACAACAUCUUUUGCGAUCUCGUCCGUGACACCAGAUGCGUCCACAACACUCAAUACUUUAACACCUUCCAUUACGAAUACGGUGUAUAGAUUUAGGAGAGUGAAUAUGGCAACGGGAACGGUGUCUGUGAUCUAUCCAGGGCCCUUCGUUUCGCCUACUAUGUCGCAGACGGUAAUGAAGUCGUGCUCUGUUAGUAAAGAAGGCACUGAAACCACUGAAGCCACUGAAGCCACUGAAGAUGAUGACGAGGGCAGUAAUUGUAGUGAAGAAAGCGGGGACGAUGACGAUGGUGACGUAGAUCAAAGUGAUAAUGACAAAUAA